UGAGCGCUAAGAAUGACAAUGACUAGUAGUAGUGGCGUUAUUUGACACAAGCCGUUUAACGAGCGAGGUUGUGAUGUCCAACAUGGCUAAAGUAGGCAGCAGUCCUGGCCUUGCCCGGCCCAACAAACUCUAUGACUCGGAUGACGAAAAACUGGAUUUGAAAUUGGACAGUAUCAGGGCAAAAACUCAAACGCCCGUAUUUAUUUAUGUGCUAACAUUUUUUGCUGCACUGGGAGGGUUUCUGUUCGGUUACGACACGGGUGUGAUAUCUGGAGCUAUGAUAUUAUUGAGAAACACCUAUAAUUUAUCAUCCGUUUGGCAAGAAGCUGUGGUCAGUGUGACAAUAGGUGCCGCUGCCAUUUUUGCGUUAAUUGGAGGUUACCUAAAUGACAAGAUGGGCAGACGACCUGUUAUUAUGGUUGCUAGUUUAAUAUUUACUGUAGGUUCAAUAAGUAUGGCUUUAGCUAAAGACAAGUUUACAUUAUUGUCUGGAAGAAUUGUUGUUGGAGCUGGUAUAGGUCUCGUUUCCACCACUAUUCCGAUGUAUUUAGCAGAAUGUUCUCCGAUUUAUGCUAGGGGUAGUUUGGUAUCUACAAAUAUAGCAAUGGUAGCAUUUGGUCAGUUUGUCGCCAAUGUUGUAGCAGGAAUCUUUGGUUCAGACACAGUUAAUGGAUGGAGAUAUAUGCUUGGUUUGGGAAGCAUUCCAUCAUUUAUCCAAUUUGUGGGUUUUCUGUUUAUGCCAGAAUCUCCACGGUGGUUGAUUAAAGAAGGAAGAGAUGAAAAGGCCAGACGUGUCCUGCAAUCAAUGCGUGGUCAAUUAGAUAUAGAGGAUGAGUUUGAAAGUAUUAAACAAAGCUGUAUAGAAAUACAACAAGAAGAGUCUUCACGGGCUCAUAAGCCUAUAAUUAUUCAGAUGUUACAGUCAUCACCUAUACGUCGAGCUCUUCUAGUCGGUUGUAGUUUACAAGUUAUACAGCAAGUUGCAGGUAUCAACACAGUCAUGUAUUAUAGUGCUACUAUAAUUCGUAUGUCUGGAGUCAAGAGUGAUGAGUCUGCUAUCUGGUUGUCUGCUGUCACUGCAGCCAUUAACUUCCUAUUCACGAUGCUCGGUUUAUAUUUAGUGGAAAAAAUUGGACGGCGACCACUUACAUUAGGCAGUCUCAUGGGAGCUAUUAUCAGCUUAGCAUGGUUAGCGGUGGGAUUUCAUCUCUCUUCUCUUAAUACACCUGUUGUUGAUUGGGUAGAGAAAUCAGCAUCCGGAACACAUUGUGCUCGAUACAGGAAUUGUAAUGACUGUAGAAGAGAUUUAACUUGUGGAUUUUGUUAUAUUGAUUUGGAUGAAAAUGUGGCCAAUUCUUCCUGUUUACCUACUGAUUAUGAUAAUCCAUGGUUAGCUACGAGUGGACGAUGUAAUGUUUCAACAGAAUAUCUACCUGGACGUCUAACAUGGGCUUAUGAUUACUGCCCAACAUCUUAUUCCUGGAUGCCUAUGGUUGGCCUUGUACUCUACCUCAUAUCAUUUGCACCUGGAAUGGGACCAAUGCCAUGGACAAUCAAUUCUGAAAUUUAUCCCUUGUGGGCAAGAAGUACUGGUAAUUCAGUAUCUACAUUUACUAACUGGGUGUUUAAUCUUGCUGUGUCAAUGUCAUUCAUAAGCUUAACAGAAACUCUAACUAGAUAUGGUACAUUCUGGCUUUAUGCCUGUUUAGCGUUUGGUGGAGCUAUUAUUUUGUCCAUUAUACUGCCAGAGACAAAAGGCAGAAGCUUAGAAGAAGUGGAAGGAUUAUUCUCGGGAUCAUGGUGUGGUGCCGUAGAACAGCCAAUAAACUACAGUACAAAAACAAUACAAUAUGUACAUAUACGUGGAUUAAAUCGUGAUGGGCGGGAAUCAGAACUAGAUUCGCCAGAAUGAGCAGUGAAUAGUGAACAAAAGAUAUUUUUAAAAGUGGUCAAAAUACAAAAAAAAAAAACCCAAACAUUAUCCAGUAUAUGCAAGAAAGAGAAAAGGUUUGCAGACUGUGUAUGUUAAAAAAACACUCCUCUAUGAUAUAUUCAUGAGGAAUAGUCCCCCCGGUUUCCAUUAGAAUUAGAUUAGACACAACCAUUGUAAUAACAAACAAAAUACCAAAAAAAUAGUAAUGUAAACUUAGCAAGUAAGUUAGAAGUGGUAUCAGGUGUUUUAUGUUGUUUUUGUUUACUAACAAUGGUAUUAUUAGAUAGAUACUGUAUCUUGUGCACUAAAAAUUGUUUAUUUCUUCUGUCAAAGGGCAUGAGAAAAUAUUUGUACUAUGAAAGACCAUGUUUCAUUCCAUUCACAAGUACUGCAAGUAUAUUUAUUUUAAAAUUUCAUUUUAAAAGAAGCCAACUUUUUUGGUUUAUUUGCUCUACCUACUUGUCAUACCCAGCCCACCUAUAAAUCUGAAUCUGUGUUUGAUAAUACUUGAAGUUUGUUGUACUGUAUUAUGAUUAAAUUAAUUCUUGCUAUUACAUUGUAUACAUUUAAGAAAACAUUUAUUCCAUUUGUGGAGAAAAAAACCAAACAAAAACAUGUUAAAAUGAUUUCAUUCAAUAAUUCUCUAUGGACAAAGAGUGUGAUCACACAACACCAUAUAUAAAGAGAGUAGGGUUCUAUUGUAAAUGGGAAAUUCACAAAUUGAGAGAUUAUGUUCAGGGAUAUGAUUAAAGCACUUCUUGCAUGUGUUGGUUAGCCAACAAUUAAACCCCAUGAGUGUUUAAAACAUUUGCCUCACCCCAAUAUUUUGUCUUUGGAGAAAUAUUUUGAUGACUUUUGAAAUAUCAAUGAUAAUUCAGUUUGAUUUCUGGGGUAGAUAUCUUAAUUAGUCACAGAGAUGUGGUGUACCUACGUCUUUCAUACUUUUUCCCACCAAUUAUAUGUUACCCAGUCAACAACUAUUUUUUAAUUCUAGUUUUCCCUUGUUUAUUACAUUUUACAACUACUUAUACCAUUUUCAAUUCAAUAGCUCUAAAAUUUAAAGAAUUUGUUUUUUUUUUUCGGGUAACCUCCCCCCUUAAUAAACCUCACAGGGAAGGUGUUCAAUAUCUAUUGUAAAAUAUUCAAGCUAGCACAUCAGAUCCAUUUGUUUACAAUUUAAACUGAGACAGAAAGAUAAAAACACUUUGAUUAUUGUAAAAAAAAAAGAAUUAUAUUGUUGUAUAAGAAAGUGCAUCAAACUGGAGACGAGUGAGGACAGCAAAAACAUUCAAAUCAAACUACAUGUAGUGUGAUGUUGGUCAGCCUAGAGACUCAGAAGAAAUGGAAUUCACAGAGCUUGGUCAGCACAUAUACAAGAAAGUAAGUGUUAAUUUGUGCAUAAUGGGCUGCUAGUGCAAAGAACAAAGAUACCAGUAUGUAAUUUCAUAAGUUUUAGGUUGAUAAUUAUGCAUAAUUUUAUAGUUAUUUAUUUAAAUACUUUAUAUAAAUGUGUACAUGUCACAUAAUACAGCUUAAAGGAGAUUGCCAAUCUAUUUCUAUAUUCUAACAAAAGAUAGAUACAAAUAACAACUAUUCAGAUUAACUGUCAAUAUAAUUUUUUUGAGUGGCUCCAUUCGAGCAAUACCCUUAAUUAUCUAACAUACCAGAUCUUUCAAUUGCGUCCCUAAACUUACAAAAUAGCAAUGUUGUGAAAUUUGAUAAUUUUGUGUGUUGAUAUUAACUGGUCGUCCUGUGUCUACUCUUUCCAAGUGGCUAGAUAGUUCUAGUUUCACUAUGAACACCAUCUUUAAUUUAUAAUGAUCUAAAACAUUUUUAUCAUUGUUAUCUCACUGUUAGAAUAAACAUAGAAAUAGGUGGAUCAUCUCCUUUACUCAUCACCUCUUUGUAUAAAAGUAGAGACUGUCUAGGAUAAUCUACAUUCAUAAAAUUGCUCAUUCAUUCAUUCAUCAUUCAUUAUUUUCUAUGAUCAUGUGUAAAAUAGUUUAACUUACCAUCUCAAUAUUUAUAUCUUUGUUCUGUAUGUAAACCCUUACCUGUGAAAAUCUUUAAAAUAAAAGCAUAUAUAUUGUAUUCUGAAUAAAUAUCCACAAACUAAUUUACUUUCUCAUCAUGAAAGUUUCUAUUUUUAUUAGGGUGACUUUAUUUAAAACAUGCCAAUGUAAAACACAUGUGUAAUAGUUUAUCAAACUAAUCUGCAUAAUAAAUAUAUGGAGAGUUUAUUUUUGAAUGAAAACAUGAAGCAAUAUUUUAAAAUAAUAAAUAAAUGUUGUUAUAUGGUACUAUUAUCAUCAUCCUCGGUUACCCAGUGUACUCAUUCCGUUCUACUCCACUAUACCCUGGGUUAAUCUAAGGGAGAGACAUGUUUUCAAGUUAUCCGCCCUUGAUGAUUGUGCUAUUUUUAUCGACCAAUCCCAUAAAUUGUUAUUUGAAAAGGAAGUUGGCAAAGUGAAGUAACUCUCAUUGGACAAUGUUAGGAGUUGGCCUAUUCUAAAUGCGUAAUUAUUAACAACUAAUUAUAUAUUAUGUUAAUGAAGACCAGACGUUCAUAUAGGGUCAUUAGUUUUAUUUAGAAUCGUUCAUUCGUUCCCAGAAUUUUAUGUCCACGUGAUAUGGUAGACAAGUUAUUGUGAAUCAAAUUGCCAAGUAUAAGUUCAAUAAUAAUAAACGUAACGGAAUGACAUAUUUCAGACAAAGAAAGAAUAGUAUUAGUAAUAAUAAUAACAAAAGUCAAACAUAUAGAUGUUAUACAUAUUUGAAAUCAACAACACCUACUACAGAUUUUGAUAAUACAUUAUUUACAAAAAUCAUUUAGUAAAUGGACAUGAAUAUGGUUAUCUACCAUUAUAAAAACGAAGGCGAAACGAUUGGUUUGUAAACUGUUUUCUGAUUGGCUUGUAGAUUGUAGCUACAUUCUAGGCCAGGGCAGAUAAUUUGAAAUCGUGGAAACCCUAUGGAUUAACCCAGGGUAUAGUGGAGUAGAACGGAAUGAGUACACUGGGUAACCAAGGAUGUAUUAUCAUAUGCUUUGUUAAUUGUUGAAUUAUAUUUAUGUUUGUAUAAAUAGUAUAUUAUUAAUCAAUGUUGUUGUCAAUUGUUGGUUGAGCUCAAAAUAUGUAAAUAAAAAUAUAUAUCUGCAUUAA